UUUGUCUUUUGUCCAAUUACACCACGCAAUGUUGUCAUCCCUCAGUCCACUGCUGCUACACCUAUUAGCAUGACCAAGAAAAAAGUGCCCAUAAAGAAACGCAAAGUCAUACCAAUUGAUGUUGUUGUUCCUAAGAAAACUAAGGCAAGGAAGCUGCUGAGACUUGGAAAUACUGACAAGGAAGUCACUGCGCAGGAACCCGUGUAUAAUAGUACUUCUAUAUCUUGUGAAGAAAGACAAGUUGAUAUCCACGUUUCUAAGAUAAGUAAUCAAAGGAAAUCUCCUAGAUUAGUGAGGGAUGAUGUGGAUAGAGUAGUUAGGACUGAUGCAGGUGUCAGUGUGGAACAACCAGUGAAUGAUACAACUUCAUUUUCUGUUCAAGAUCGACAACAUGGACAACAUCAAAAAGCUUCUCUUAUGUUGAAGAUAUCAUCUCUAGAAGAUCAGUUGAAUCUACAGAGUUUAGAGAUAAAAAAACUUGAUGAAAAAAUCAAGCUGCAGGAUGGAACAAUUGCACAGUUGAUCAAAGACCAAGAAAUCAUGGCUAUGAAGUUCAAGGAAUAUGUUGAAAGCUUAACAAAUAAAAUAAUUUCUGAAGGUGUCAGUCAUUCUCCAACCCGUUGUUCAGACCAGCCCAAUGCCAAUGCCGGUGUGAAUGUUGAUGCAGAUACUGUAGCAAAUGAAGAUGUCAAUUUUAAUUCAGAUUGUUCAUUGCUAGAAGUACCUCAUGUAGUCACAGAUUCUGAUGAUAUGUUUGAGAAGGGAAUGACUCAAGCUCUCAACAUUGCUUUAGAUAUGUACGAGUCGAUGCUUGUAAUCCCUAAUGGUUGUGAACCAGCCUCUUCCUCUCAUAUAAAUGAAAACAUCAAUCAUGAGAAACUCCAGGCAGUCACAUUUGAGGAGCAACCUUGUACUAUUCUUCCAUCUGCUCAAACCACACAUGAGACUGACCCGGUUACUGCUAUUGAUGUUGUUGAGAUUGAUGAUCUAACCUUGACUAAAGGUAGACCCAAAAGAAAGGCCAAAUCACCUUCUCGCUACACUCCGGGUUCUGAAGCUUUGAAAAAGAACAAAAAAGCAUGUCAUCUGCAAGUUGUUUGCCCAUUCAGCUUUGAUCCAUUUUCUGUUUUCAAAUCUAAAUCUGAGCAGCUUAAGUUUUCUAAGUAUGUUAUGGAAGGUGUUGCACGUGGACACAAAAAUGUGGCAACCAAAGUGAAGUAUAAGCCUGAACACGAGAUUAAUUUUCUUCUUCUUCUAGAUCCUGGGCUUGAAAUUGAGAAGAAAUCAUGGUUGUACAAGCUUCAUCAAUCUGGUCAAUGGAUUGAUUCUACGCAUAUAGAGACUGUUGAUUUUUAUCUCCGUUUGAAAGCUGCAACAUUCAAGCUUGUUCAGAAGUUCUCUACAGCGAGCUGCUACGUUGUUGAUCGAAUAAAUGAACUAUUUAUUCGAUAUAAAUCUGGAAAAUGUGAUCCACAUGAUGCAUCUCUGGAUGGUUGCUUGAAUGACGCUUUAUCUGGCGAUCCUACGCUGUAUCUCCGGCCAUGGAUAAAAUCUGAUUAUGUGUAUUUCUACACAUCUAUAGAAUCCAAUCAUUGGGUUCUUGUGGUUUUGGAUGUUCAGGCGCAUACUUUGCGGCUCUACGAUAGCAACAAUAGGUUGGGUACUAUGAAGCCAAAUAUUCUUAAAAAGAUGCAAGGGUUGAUUCACUUUCUUCCUCUAGUUCUAGCUGAUGUUAAAGCUGUUUCAAGCAACACUGCUCCUGAAGAAGUUGUUCCAUAUGAGGUGGAAGUAGUCACUGGUGUUCCGCAACAAGUGAACGGUGGAGAUUGUGGAUUUAUGGUUCUCAAAUUUGCUGAAGUGCUUCAAAUGACCUUGGACGUUCGUACUGUAUACCCAGACAGAAUAGCUGAUUAUCGCGCGAAGUGGGCUCAUGAUCUCUACGUAUAUGGCUCAGCAAAGGGAAAGUCACUGGCAAUUCACUCUGAUGCAAUUAAGAAGUGAUUAUUUUUUAAAUUUUAGAUCAACUUUCACUGUAAACAAUCACUUUGACACUCAACUUUCUGCGUAUUG